GGGGCGGGGGGCCGGAGGCGGAACAGGAAGUGACGACAGAGUCGGUGGGCGGUGACUCAAGAUGGCGGCUAUGGUGCUGGCGGCGACGGGGCUGUUGCGAGGCUCGGGCUCGUGGGGCCGCUCGCGGCUGAGGUUUGGAGCCCCUGCGUACAGGCAGUUCAGUAGUGGCGGUGCCUAUCCCAGCGUCCCCCUCUCUUCCCCCUUGCCCGGAGUACCCAAGCCUGUUUUUGCCACAGUUGAUGGACAAGAAAAGUUUGAAACCAGAGUCACCACACUGGAGAAUGGGCUUCGUGUGGCGUCCCAAAAUAAGUUUGGACAGUUUUGUACAGUAGGAAUUCUUAUUAACUCUGGAUCAAGAUAUGAAGCAAAAUAUCUCAGUGGAAUUGCUCACUUUUUGGAAAAAUUGGCAUUUUCGUCUACUGAUCGAUUUGACAGCAAAGAUGAAAUUUUGCUUACCUUGGAGAAGCACGGGGGUAUUUGUGACUGCCAGACAUCAAGAGACACCACCAUGUAUGCUGUGUCUGCUGAUUCCAAAGGCCUGGACACGGUAGUUGGCUUGCUGGCAGACGUGGUCCUGCACCCCAGGCUAACAGAUGAAGAAAUCGAGCUGACGCGUAUGGCUGUCCGGUUUGAGCUGGAGGACCUCGGCAUGCGGCCCGACCCGGAGCCCCUUCUCACCGAGAUGAUUCACGAGGCCGCCUACAGGGAGAACACAGUUGGCCUCCACCGCUUCUGCCCUACGGAGAACAUAGCAAAGAUCAAUCGAUCGGUGCUUCACUCCUACCUGAGAAACUACUACACCCCGGACCGCAUGGUGCUGGCCGGGGUGGGGGUGGGGCACGAGCAGCUGGUGGAAUGCGCCCGGAAGUACCUGCUGGGCACCCGCCCUGCCUGGGGCAGUGGGGCGGCCGUGCACGUGGAUGGAUCGGUGGCACAGUACACGGGGGGCAUCGUCAAGCUGGAAAGGGACAUGUCCAGUGUCAGCCUGGGCCCCACCCCGUUCCCUGAGCUCACGCACAUCAUGAUUGGCCUGGAGAGCUGUUCCUUCUUGGAGGGGGACUUCCUCCCUUUCGCGGUGCUGAACAUGAUGAUGGGCGGCGGCGGCUCCUUCUCGGCCGGCGGGCCCGGCAAGGGCAUGUUCACCAGGCUCUACCUCAACGUGCUCAACAGGCACCACUGGAUGUACAACGCGACCUCCUACCACCACAGCUACGAGGACACAGGCCUCCUGUGCAUUCACGCCAGCGCCGACCCCAGACAGGUUAGAGAAAUGGUGGAAAUCAUCACGAGAGAGUUUGUUUUAAUGGCUGGAACUGUGGAUGUGGUGGAGCUGGAGCGGGCCAAGACGCAGCUCAUGUCCAUGCUCAUGAUGAACCUGGAAGCCAGGCCCGUCAUCUUCGAGGACGUGGGGAGGCAGGUGCUGGCCACCCGCUCCAGGAAGCUGCCCCACGAGCUGUGCGCGCUCAUCCGCGAUGUGAAGCCAGAGGACAUCAAGAGAGUUGCUUCUGCAAUGCUCCGCAGGAAGCCCGCAGUGGCCGCCCUGGGGGACCUGAGCGAUCUGCCGGCGUACGAGCACGUCCAGGCGGCACUGGCGAAUAAGGACGGGCGCCUGCCCAGGACGUACCGGCUCUUCCGGUAGAGGCGCCGCAGCAGCACUGUCCACACGCGUUUCUUUGGGGUGACUUUAGGGCAGACGUUCACAGACGGUGCAGACUGUGGGACUUUUCCUAAAUGUGAAUUCCUUCAGAAUUGGACGUGCCAAUCAAUCAGUGGAAUAAAGAUUGCUCUCCACCACUGCAGCUGGAAACGGGAAGUGCAGGGAGGCUGGGGCAGCCGGCUGGCGUCGAGCCGGGCUAGUCUUCCUGCUUCCCCAGGGGUUUCGGCAGGUGGGGGACUGCGCGGUUCUCCGAGGCCGGUGGUCGUUGGGCGGGCGAGGCCUGACCUCUCCUCUGAGGCCCCCGGGCCCAUCAGCCCGCCUGCAUCUGGGAGGCCAGGGCCACCCAUGCCAGCACCUUGAGGGUCCCGGGGCGAUGCGCCGUCCAGCUUGACCAGUGAGGGGUGGCCUCUUGCCCUCAGGAGUAAGGCUCUGAUUUCAGAGGUGGGGAGCUUGGGGAGCUUGGGGCGGGGGAGGCGGGCUUGAAAGGCGGGAGGGCUGAGGCCGCACGCGGGGCCCUGCAGGGCUGGGCACCUGCAGUGGCUGCCGUGGGUCCUUCUGACGCUGCCGUGGUUCAGAGGGCGGCUUCCUGGCCGCCAGCGGGCUGCACAGAACCGGGCCACAAAGCUCUGUGGAGAAGAGUCGUCUCCAGGCCGUAUUUUGUGAAACGCUAAGUGCACCCCUGCUGUCCAGCUGGGAGAGGGAGGGGCGAUCUGAGGCCAUCAAAUAAACGUUUCGGCGUCACUUCUGUCACGUCCGUUCAUGUU